AUGAAGUCCUUGCUCAUCACCGGGGCGAACAGGGGCCUAGGCCUUGGGAUGGUGAAAUAUAUACUUAAACAGAAUACCUCGAACAAAAUAAUUGCAACGUGCCGAAACGUUUCAGAGGAACUCAAGACACUGGCUGUAGAAAACAAAAACUUAUUUAUUGUUAAUUUGGAUCUUACAAAUAUGUCUUCAAUCGGCGAAAUAUCUCCGCAAAUAACCAAAAUAGUUGGCGACCAAGGGUUAAAUGUUUUAAUAAAUAAUGCUGGUAUCAGCACAAAGUUUACGAAACUCGCCUUAGUGAAAGCUGAACAGCUUUUGGAUAAUCUAACUAUUAAUACGGUUGCACCGAUUAUACUAACUAAGACUUUACUACCUACUCUCAAACAGGCCUCGGAUAUUAAUAAAGAGAAACCUAUGGGAGUUCAGCGUGCCGCUGUAAUUAAUAUGAGCUCGAUUCUCGGUUCUAUUGAACAGAAUGACAAAGGAGGAUUCUACCCUUACCGAUGUUCAAAGGCGGCGCUGAACGCGGCAACAAAGUCUAUGAGUAUCGAUUUGAAGAAAGAAAAUAUAUUGGUAGUUUCGAUGCAUCCUGGAUGGGUAAAAACGGAUAUGGGCGGUAAAAAUGCACCACUAGAUGUCGAUACGAGCAUUUCUGGAAUAUUUAAUACUAUUACCAAGCUUGGAGAAAGUGAUACAGGCAAAUUCUUGCAAUACGAUGGCACUGAACUGCCGUGGUAA